GCCGCCGAGUGCCACCUCACAGAACCCACGUUGCCAAGCUCGGUCGCAGGUUGCUGUGCUUCUUCUCGUGUGUCUCUCCGCCGUACCUGCAUUAUUUAAUAGCCCCGGUUGUGAAAUAACGCUCAGAAAUACCGAACGCUUUCAUAGAUGAUUUUCUCCAUACCCGAAUUUGCCACAUGGGAGGGCAAAUUGUUCGUGGGGAUCAUUGGAUUCUCCUGGGCUACAUACGUGUGGGAGGAAUACCUAGCGUUCAGACAGCGCCGUGUCUACAGAGAAAAAGUAGAUCCACCUGAGGAGCUGAAAGGCAUAAUGGAACGGUCUACUUACGAGAAAGCUCGUUCCUAUGGUCUUGACAAAAGUUCUUUUGGACUAAUUGAAGGAGCAUUCAACCAAGUUCUUAGCACGGGUGUGAUGGUGUGUGGAGGCAUCCCUGGACUUUGGUCAUUGUCAGGGACUAUAUUAGAGUGGCUGGGUUUUAGUACAGAAUCAGAAAUAGCACAAACAAUAGUUUUUGUAGGUGCUGGGUCCUUAAUCAGCACUAUAAUUGGUCUACCUUGGGCUGCUUAUUUUACAUUUAAGGUGGAGCAGAAACAUGGCUUCAAUAAGCAGACACCAGGUUUCUUCAUUAAAGACAAAAUUAAGAAGUUCUUCAUCGGUCAGCUUGUGUCUGCACCAGUCGUCUGUGGCCUUGUUUACAUUAUCAAGGCUGGAGGUGACUACUUCUUUGUGUAUUUGUGGGGCUUUACAAUGGCUGUUGUAAUGUUCUUGAUGACUGUCUACCCAGAUUAUAUAGCUCCACUUUUUGACAAGUAUGAACCAUUAGCAGAAGGUGACUUGAAGACAAGAAUUGAAGAGCUAGCUGCUGAAAUACAGUUCCCUCUAACAAAACUGUAUGUAGUAGAGGGGUCUAAACGUUCAGCUCACAGCAAUGCAUAUUUUUAUGGCUUCUACAAAAACAAGAGAAUAGUCUUGUAUGAUACGUUACUUGAGGAGUAUACUCCUCUCAAUAAAGCAAAGGAAGAUGACAAAGAAAAGUCAGAAGAAAAAAAGGAAGAUGGAAAUGAUAAAGCAGAAGAUAAAAAGAAAAAAGGGUGUAACACAGAUGAAGUUCUUGCAGUGCUCGGACAUGAGUUGGGUCACUGGAAAUUGAACCAUGUUCUCAAAGGAAUCGUUAUAUCUCAGGUCAAUCUGUUCCUAGUAUUUGCAGUUUUUGGUUCAUUGUACAAAUACUCACCACUUUAUCGUACCUUUGGCUUCCACCACAGUCAGCCAGCAUUCAUUGGUCUAAUAAUUGUGAUGCAGUUUGUAUUUGCACCAUAUAAUGAGAUUUUGCAGUUUCUCCUGACGAUGUUUAGUCGAUACAAUGAAUUCCAAGCGGAUGCUUUUGCAAAGAAAUUAGGCCAUGCAACCAAUUUGAAAUCUGCACUCAUCAAGCUUAAUGAAGACAACCUUGGUUUCCCAGUGUAUGAUCAUCUAUACUCUGCCUGGCAUCAUUCCCAUCCUCCCAUUUUAGAGAGGAUCAGUGUUUUGGAGAAAGAGGGAAAGAAGGAACAGUAAAUAACGGAACUAUCAACUGUACUUAUCCUUUUGCCUUUAUUUAGUUUUUAUAAAGGGACACUAAACCUACUUUGAGCUUUUUUUAAAGUUGGUAAAAUAUGCACAUAAAAUGUGAAGCUAGUAUGAAAAGCAAAGCACAACUAUUGUUUCAGCCUCUGCAUUAGUGGUUGGUGAAAGUUAAAGAAUUAUAAUGAAAAAUAGUGGCAUGGGUGGGUACAAGAUAACCAAAAGGUUGCAUACAGUUGCAUCAUGCAUGUGGUUCAUGGCCCAUUGGGCAAAAAUGAUAUCAACUUCAUCACUUGUGUAGAAAAAUUUUCAAAUAUAGAAUAGAUAGAAUUGGUAAAAUUUUUUUAUUAUGAAAAUGACUUAAGCAUUAUCAUAACACUUGGUUUUAACUGGUUGCUGUUGCACUAUAUGGCAUAUUCUCCUUAAUGUACAUGAUGACUGCUUACAAAAGGCCCAAAUUAGUGCAAAUUGCUGUUAAUACUCACAAAAAUUUCAAUGUAAAAGCACCCGUCACAAUUUUUGCCAAUUAUUCGUUCACGACAAACCAGUCGCAUUUCUUUAUGGCAUUAUAACAAAAUAAAAGACCAUUAUCAGGGUCAGUUGUAGAAGAGGAGAUAUUAAGUAGGUAAGGCGUAUGUAUUGGUGUUGAAGUUGUGUGUAAUAUGAGAUUUUAAUGCUUUUGUUUUUAAAGUUUUUCUAUUGAGAAUCUACACAAACGGGAAGAACCAAACCAAGUUUUUAUUACAUCCAAACCCCAUUGUUUUAUGUGAUUUUAUAAUCUUUAAUCAGAAAGGAUUACAAUAAAUUUCUCAUUUACUGUUUGAUUCUGCAGCUUAAUGAGUUUUAACAUUGAACAUUUGUCAGCUGUGAUUAAUGUAAAAUUAUUACCUAGUCACAAAAUGAUUUAAUAGGAUUAUGUCUGCUUUUAAAGCAAGCAGUUGUAUGUUUUGUAGAUAAACCUUAUAUUUGCAGGUUUUGUCUCUGAAUUGAAGUAAUCAGGUGUAGAAAAGGGAUGUAAGUUUUUUCUGCAUAGUGGAAAGAGAUCAGUAUAAGUUUUUUAUUUUGCUAUCUUUAUUUUAUAGUUAUUCUUUAGGAUGGCAUUGAUGGGUCAGCUUUAAAAGUAGGAAAAAACUUACAUGCUCAUGAUCAUGUUUUAUUUAAUAAUUGGAACAAGUGAUGCUUCAUUUUCAAAUGAAGUUACUUCACACUUAUGAGUUUUGUAAUUUGGUGUAAUUUCUUUGGCCAUGGGAGUGAGUGGCUUGACAAAAGUUUUGUUGAUCCUAGUUUAAAAGAUGUUUAUUUCAUUAAAACUUGUAUGUUUUACAGGUGACUUCUCAUUAUUGAGUCAAGAGUUGUAAUGAAUUUAAUUACUUUUUAUUACUCUAGAACUUGAAAUAAAAAAGAUUUUUCGAUU